AUGCAGGUCCAUGUGCCGAUUCCGAUUGCCCGGAAGCGGGGCCUGACGGCACCAGCCCCCCUGCAGACAUCCGGCCUGCCUGGUCCGCGGUAUGGUGUUGAUGCGCCGAUCUCCGGGCGGGCGCCGAGCAUGGCCGCCACCGGGCCCGGCCAUGCCACGGGCCCGUGCCCUGCCAGCGCCUCCAAUGACCUGACCGAUGAGGACCCCGCGUCCGGAAGCCGGCCGCCGGUGGCAGACCGCCCGCGCUCCCAGUACUUCGAUGCCAUCGAGAUCCCGAACAGGCGGCCGAGCGACUGGCAAUCCGGCAGCCCGCCACUGGACGUGUCCAUCCCCUUGGAGCAGCUGGUCAUCACCCCGAGCGGAGGCCGUUACGGCCCCCGGCGAGGGUCCCUGGCCCGGCGGUGCCCCCUGUCCGGGGUGGUGCUGGCUACCGAGGGCCCGGGCCGGCGCCCCGGCGCCCUGGGCCCCGGGCCCGGGGCCAGCUGCCCAGGCACAUCGAUGGCGGCGGCGGCGGCGGCGGCGGCGGCGGCUGCCGCCACCCUCCGACGUGGCCGUGCCCCUGGGAGUGCCUCAGCCCAUUUGCAGCGCAUCUCGCUUGGUUGUCGGCCGGCGGCGGCGCGUGCGAUCGGCCUCGGUGGGCCGAUGCGCCUGCCCUCCCACCGCCAGCUCCUCCGGCGGCGGCGGCGCGCGCGGCGGGCCACUGCCUCCCCGCUGGAGGCCUAUCUUGCCCUGCUCCGGCGAUUGAGCUGUGAUGGCGGCGAUAGCGGCGGCCCUGUCCAAGGGCCAGCCACCAACACGCUGAUCACCGCCUCCGCGGUGGCGCCCCUGACCGAGCCGCGUCCCGACAUCGGCGCCGGCCGGCCGACUGCCCUGCCGGGGCCGGUGCUUGGGACCGCACCGGUGCACCCUGCUCCGGCCCCGGCCCCGGCCCCGGCCCCGCUGGCCAGCACCCCGGCCAGUCCCCCACGCAAGUACCAAUCCUUCUCCAUCCUGUCGGCCGGGUGCUCGGGCAGUGGCGGCUCGUCGGCCGUGCCCGCGCAUGGCCCCGGGGACCUGGCCGACCGGAUGCGCCAGCUCCGACUGGUGCAGAUCCCGGAGAACUACGAUGCCGGGGGCGGGUCGCGCCCUGGGGCCGGGCCCGCCGGCGUACCGGUCCCGGAGGCGCCUCUGCUGUCGCUGCAGCGCCGAGCAUCCAAGUCCAAGCUGGCCGGCGGCAGUCCACAGGCGCAGGCCAAGCUGGCCUCGCGCCUCCUCAGCCGCGAGGAGGUCGGCUCCCCGACGGGGGCCGGGGGCGUCGGCUCGCCUGGAAGUGGCCGGCGCUUCCACGCCGAUACACGCUCCGCCCCACCGAGCCCGGGGAAUAUGGCCAUGCAGCUGUUGGCCGGCAUCAAGAAGCUGGUCCUCCGGUCGCUGCCGGCAUCGCCGAUGAGCCGCCGCACCGGGGACGACGCCUCCUCGGCUGCCAGCACCCCGUCCUUGAAUUCCUUCUUCACCCCCUUCAGCCCGUAUGUGUCCAACACCCCGGGAGGGUCCUUUGCCCCGGGGCCCAGCGGGCUGGUGCCCUGUCCGGCAUCCGCUUCGCCGAACGGCUUCCGCCUGGUGGUGUCGCCGCCGACGCCGGUCUUCGGCGAUGUCAACCACCUUGGUGGCAACACAAUGGCCGGCAGUCCGGCCGCGCCGCCGGCCCAGCCGCAAGGUAGCUGGGCCCCGGCCGGGCCCUCGGCCGGUGGGGCGCCUGGCGAUUUUCCCGGCCCCGGGUCGGCCACCAUGCCGGUCACCCCGGUUGACGCGGGUCCCAAGGGGGAGUGUCCCCCGGUAGGGGGCGCAGCCUCGGUGGUGGCGGGGCCCGGCGCGGGGGAUCGCUCUCACGCGACCGAGAGUCGGGCCCCCGUGCGAGACGAGGCUCCCGCCGCCAUCGCGGCCAUUGCCCCGACGGGGCCCUUCGACGACGGCCCGGGGCCAUUGCAGAAGCAACCCCCGCCAGAGCCACGCGCCACCACCCGGAAGCAGGUGAAGUCGCCCAUCCUGCGGGCCCUGCCACAGGACCCGCCUUCCUUCGAGGAAACCGACGCCGUGACCGGCAUGGGCGCCGACGGCGAGCACGCGAGCCAGCAUCUGCCUCAGUCGGAGCAGCACGCCUCAUCGACCGCGGCCACGGCCAUCACGUCACCCUCUGGCGUUGGGGCCGGGCUCCGGGCCCCGACCAAGGAGGAAGCCGCCCGGCGCGAGGUGGAGCUUGAUCGGUUUCUCUGGUCGGACUCCGAGAGCCCGGAGCUUCGUCAAUACGAGGUGGUCAAGGAAUUGAACCACGGGGCCUUCGCCCGGGUGUUCCACGUUCGGCUGAACCGCAAGUCCCCGGCCGGGGGCACCGGACCAGCGGCCGGGUCCGGCCCGGGGGAUAACCGCGGCCUCGGCGGCCCGAGCCAGGUGUUCGGCGCCAACCAGACCGGCCGGCCGGCGGACUUCGCCCUGAAGCGCAUUUCCAAGCGCAAGCUCACCCCCCGCCAGCGGGCCAACACCCGGCGCGAGGCGGCCAUCCACGCCCGACUGUCGCCCCCGGUGGCCCUCGGUGGGACCGGUGGCCAUGCGAACCUCGUUCGGCUGUAUGCCUGGUUCGAGACCAAGGAGGCCUUCUAUCUGGUCCUCGAUCUGAUGCGCGGCGGGGAGCUCUUCGACCGCCUGGAGCAGCGCGGCCCCGCCACCGAGGACCACGCGCGCACCUUGAUCGUCGGCGUGGCCUCGGCCCUGGUACACCUCCAUGACCAUGGCAUCGUCCAUCGGGACAUCAAGCCCGAGAACCUGGUUUUCGCCCACUGGGUCGACCCUAUCGACAUGUAUCCGCCGGCCGGGCCCGGGUGGGGCGGGCCUGCGCGGCCGAGCACCACCGACUCCGGGGAUGACAUCCCCUGGCACGGGCCGGCCGGCGAGCGCUUGCUUCUGUGUGACUUCGGCCUGGCCAAGUCCCUGCUGCCGAUUGGCACCUCCCGCCGGGCCCGGGCUGGAGGCAAUCCACCGGGGGCGGCUCCGACCGCGGGGACACCGUCGGCCGCCGGCAGCAGCAGUGUCACCACGGCGGCGGUGGCGGCCGGCCGGUCGUCGCACCUGUCGGCCCUGGCGCAAGCGGCUUCCUCGAUCGCCUGCCAGGCGGCCCAGGCCACUUGGGCCUCGAUCGGGACGAAGACCGGCCUCGGGUCGGCCGCCGAGCAGCCCCAGCAGCAUGCCCCGUCCGCGGCGGCUUCCACGCCGCCCCAAGCCACAGCCACCGCCGGGGCCCGGCGCAAUGUGGCGGCCGCGCAUCUCCAGCAGCAGGAGGGGGCCGGGCCGUUGCCGGGCCCGUCGCCGGAGGCCCCGAACUCCGAGCACUAUGGCCCUUUGCGGCCCUUCGCCGAGACCCCCUGCGGGACGGUGGGCUACCUGGCGCCGGAGGUGGCCGCGGCCAAGCGCCACGACUUCUCCGUGGACAUCUGGGCCCUGGGGUGUGUGCUAUUUGCCCUGCUGGCGGGCUAUCCGGCGUUCUACGAUGAGGAUCAGCGCGUGCUCACCGACAAGGUGAAGCGCGGGGACUUUGGCGGGUUCCCGGCUCCCUGGUGGGAUGGCAUCUCGGAGGACGCCAAGGAUCUAGUUCGCCGGUGUCUGGAGGUGGACUCCGACCGGCGGAUCACCGCGCGCGAGUUCCUCCAGCACCCCUGGUGCCAGGUGGCGGUGGCCGCGGGGCUCGCGGCCACCGGCAGCAGCGCCCCGGCCCAUCUUGUCUCGGGCCAUGGCCACGAUCUGCCGUCGGUGGCCGCUCCGGGGGAGCUGCUGAUCGCGGGAGCCCCGCCGCCCCCCUUGGCCGGGCAGGAGAACGGCCCGGCCGCGGCGGCCCGGCGCCCGCUGCUGGUGACGGCCGCCGGCCCGGUCCGGCCUCUGGCCCUCAAGAUGACUGCUCCCGGACCGGACGGAGGUGCCGGCCUGGCGGGCGCCGGGCCCGUGGUGCCCGACGCCAUCCGAGUGACCAUCCCCCCCUCGCCGACGGAUGGUCCAGCCCCGGGGGCCGGGAGUCUGCCCGGGUGGCGGCCCGGUCCGCCGGACGCCUCCCUCGGCUCGGAUGCCGUUACCACGCAGAUCGACAUCUCGCCGGUGGCGGCGGCCGGCAGCGAGGCGCGCUUCCGCCAUGUCGGGCCGCUCGGGUGGGACUUGACCAUUCCGGCCUUUGACCGGCGCUCGGAAGCCCGCCGGCCGGCGGCGGUGCCGGCAGCCGCCACCCCGUCCGCGACUGCGGCGCCCCCUGCCCUCCGUGAGCAUCAGCAUCAGCACCAGCACCUGCCGUCGGCAUCGCCGCAGCAUCAUCAUCAGCAGCACCAUCACGCGGCGGCGGCCUCCACCUCCUUUGUCAUUCGCCGAGCGUCCUUCGACGACCCACCCCCGGCGGGGGGGGUGGCCGCUUCCCGGGGACCGGGGCUGCCUCCGACCCCCUGCGAUGAUGUGGCCGAUGAUGCGGCCCGCGCCACCGCCGGCCGGCAUGGGGGGCGGAGCCUCGUCACGGCCGUCACACCUGCACAGGCAGACGCCGCCAGCCCGACCGACGGUGGCCCCGGCGAGGAGCCCCCCCUCGGGCCGGUUCUUGUUCCCAUGCAGUCGGGCUUCCAGCUCCGGGCCGACCUGUCGGCCUCGCAUUUGCUGCAGCAGCAGCAGCAGCAGCAGCAGCAGCAGCAGCAGCAGCAGCAGCAGCAGCAGCAGCAGCAGCAGCAGCAGCAGCAGCAGCAGCAGCAGCACCGGCCAUAG